AUGGCUUCUUGGAAAAAAACCAUCACAUCUCCAUUCAGGAAAGCUUGCACUUUCUUCAACCAGCAGCCAGGCAGAGAUCAGAAGAAAUCCCAGCUGCAAGGGAAUGAAAGUAGUGUGAUGGCUCUGCAUGGUGAAGUGAUGGCAUGCUCAUAUGAAGAUGUUCAGGUGAUGUGGUCUAUUCUGGACAAGUCCAAGCCCUCAGCCUGCAACAUCACUGCUUCUUAA